AUGGCCGAUCUACCUUUGCAAAUAUCUUUUAUGAUUAUAUUAGCACAAGUAGUAGCUGAUCUCUCAUGCAGUGGCAAAGGUUUGGCCAAGAAAAUAUUCACCUCUAAGAAAAAGAAGGGAAGCACAUCCAAGAGAAGGAGAACUGGUGAUGAGGAGGAGGAUUGGAACCCAAAUCCAAAUGCGGAUGUGGAAGAAGAUGAUGAAGGUGAUGAUGAGGAGAUGGAUGUAUCUGGAUACACUAGGGCUAUCAGGCCAUGGAACUUUGACUCUUGUGAGACAUUGAGAAGGCCAUAUCAGUAUGCAUUGAACAAUGAUGCUGACUUGCCAUACUUCUAUACCAAGUGGAUGACUGGCAAGAGAAGGUAUUCUGCUACCUUUGAUGAGUUUGCUAUAGCAAAUGAGUUAGACAAUGGUUUCUUUGCAAACUCUAUUGAUCUUGAUGAGGAAGACCCAUUGCCCAUAGAGCAAAGAAGGCAGUUUUAUGAGCCUAAGCGCACUAAGAUACAAUUCAGAAUUGGUGGCCUAAAAGGGUUGAGACAUCAUCUAGGAGUGAUCAACAAAAUUGCUAGAGUGACGUUCAUGCCAGAAGGAGGAGCCAGAGGUGUAAUCAGGGAUGAGUAUUAG